AUGCACUCCAGCGGCAAACAGUUGGCCCUGAAUCCUGUCAUCGCCCAGCUUCCGCUGGUGCUCCUGCACCUCCACCUCCUUUUUCUUCUCGUUGUUGGCCCAUCAGAGGGGAAUUCCAGUUCCAGUUUGAGCCUGAGUCGGCAGAAGCGCCUGGCCAUCUUCAGUGGCAGUGGAACCAACAAGAUUGUCGCUGGCUUUGCGUUUCCCAUCAAAGAGGAGGACACGGUCGAGUCCGUUUGGGGUUUCCUGAACUACCAGGCCCAAUAUGUGCCAACGCCAGUGCCUCUUUAUUGGUGGAGUUUUUGGAAUACCUCGACAUUUGUGUCCACGGCAAGGCACUGGCGCAAGGAGGUCCAGCAAGUGCUGCUCCAGGACGAGACUAGGGUAUGGCUUUACGAUGUUGUGGAAACAGGCUUGGAGAGGUUUGCUGGUUGCAAGGCAGGAGCCUGCCUGUUGAGGAUUAUCUGUGAGAUUUCCCAGCGCCCCUUUCAACGCAGCAAUAUUUUCAGUGAGAUCCUAAAUGCAGUGUUUGUACCAUCUUUCAAUAAUAUUCCCGAAAAAUAUUUGCAUGCCAGGGAUGCGGGCAAAGCUGGUGCUGAUUGUUGGAAAACCUACAGCGAAUGCAGCAAGAAGCUCUGGGCUAAGCUUAUUCAGUUGACCAAGAUAACUUUUCAAUAA